AUGGAGGUCGCUGCAGGAGCUGUUGCUUUCGAGGCCGCUACUACUACACUUGAGGGUGGAGCUAUCGCCGGGUAUGCCAUUGCUCAAAAGACCAUGCCGUUGAGGGCGACGUUCACUCAAAUCGCUACGUCGCCUCAAACCCCAGACCGAAGUUCUUUAUGCCGUUUAGGCCAUACCGUCAGCGUUGUUGACGGCAAAGCAUACAUCUUCGGAGGAACAACGACUGGAGCUAUCUGCACCAAUGAGAUGCACAUCUUGACUUUACCACCCAAAAGCAGCGAAACGGGUGCUCAGUACAAGUGCAUUCCAGCAUUGUCAGUUGAACAUCAGAAAGAAGUCCCCCCGUCGAGAUGCUAUCAUUCAGCCACCGUCUAUGGCGAAGUCAUCCUCGUGUACGGCGGCAGAGACGACGAUGGUCAGUCUCUGAAAGAAGGAUCGAAGCUAUGGAAAUUCAGCACCAAAUCCUUGCAAUGGUCAUGCCUACAGUACGCCGAGGACGAGGAAGGAGACGGAUAUGCUGUCUACGGACAUGGGGCUACGAUUCAAGACGACCAAUUGGUGAUCUAUGGCGGAGUGCGGAACACACCAUCAGAAGACCAGUAUCGAUCGCCUACUCUUAUGACGCUAGGCCUGAAGGUGUUCACAAAGCGGGUUGCUAAGCUUGCAAUAGAGCCCGCGACAUGCUUUCCGGCCAACCUAGUGGCAGUGGACGAUGCCGUUUACACAAUCAACGGUGAUGACGAACUUUCCACGAAUGUCCGGCAAAUCAACCUCGAAGCCGCGAUGGCAUCUAGCCCAGCUGCUCUCGGAGAGGAACGCGGAUUUCGGGAGAUACCCAUUCCCUCUAAUCCUCUUACCCCUGGUCCUAAAGGCCCCAGAGACGGCGCCGCACUCGUACCCAUCUCGACUGGCCAUGGCCGUCACUACCUCAUCUACAUGUUCGGCAUGGCACCAGCACAGGCUGUGCUCCACGCGAACUCGGCGACGCCGGCCAAGAACAGUCAGACCAGCAGCUUUUGCAGCGACGCAUGGACACUUCAGAUCCCGUCAUCAGACAUGUCCUUGUCCAGUGCGAAAGACAAGGCCCGAGACGCGCUGGGGAUGGACUCGGGGAGGUGGAGCUGGAGUGAAGUUGAAAUCAAGACGAACACUGGGGAGACGGAGCAUGAAGGAAAGGUACAUCCUGGACCUAGGGCUUUCGCCGCGUAUGCGGCUAUUGAUGACAGGAGAAUUCUGGUUUGGGGAGGACAGGAUGCAACACAUGACGCGGUUGGUGAUGGAUGGAUCAUCAGAUUCGAGUGAGAGGGACAUAUAUACCUUUAGGGAAGUCCCAAACGAGCUAAAAUGGAGAAAUGAUUUGAAGGAAUAUGAGAGGGCAAGAUACUGUUAUUCAGCUACCUUUGAACCACAACGGCUAGAUAUAAGCAUUCCAAGCACCCAUACUGAACCAAAGGCACCUUCCAUGCUUCUGAAAAGAUGAUACACUCCUUCGUCAUCAAUCAGUGUAUAUCAGUCGCCUGCGUCUUGGGGUCCCGUGAUGCACUUCUUGUGAUUUGAUUUCUUUUGGCGAGCAACCAGCAGACCAUCCUAGACGGUAGCGGAAGCGGAGACGAUGAGUCAAUACAGAGCGUGCGGGGAAUGUGUUGGGGAUGGGGUAAUGUAUGGGGUAAUAGCGCAUGAGGUUCUGCUGGGCACGUG